CUUUAAGAGAACCGGAAGUGAUUGCAAGCUAUCCGACCCUUAUAUCUGGCAGCUCACGCGGUCCUGCGAUGAUACCUCACCGAGCGAUUCACGCUGUUCGUGGCAGCGUGAGGUGCUGGCGUCACAGGGCUGUCUUUAAAGUUUCCCGGGAGGCCUCGGCCGUCGGCGCUUGUCGCCGCUUCUCUGUCCGUGUUCGCGCGUCGGGGAUGGAGGAGAUCCUGGCGAGGGUUGUCGUGCCUUUACCUUCCUACGAAACGAGAGAUAAAUCCCCGCCUCCCCCCGAGUCCAACAGCUUGGAGUUUAUGCACUUCUACAGAAGUUUAGACAAAGUUGAAAAAGCUGAGUUCCUGACGAAGCUGUCUCGAGACCACGGAGUGGACCACAAAGGCGUCUCGGAGCUGGCUGUGAAGCUGCUGGACACUCAGCAGCGCGACCUGGCAACCAUCUUGCAGGUCGAAGACCGGCUCCGUUACAGUCUGACGCCCCGUUACAAGCAGCUGCUUUGUCACAUAAGCAGGGUCGAAGGUGGUGUGAAGUUUCUGGUGGACCUCCGAGCUGACGUCCUUGAAUUGAUCGCAUCCAAAGUCAGCGAAAGUCCGCAGAUCAGGGACCUUAGCGGCACUUUGAAGAGCCUGCUGUCUGAGUGGUUCUCAGUCGGUCUGCUCAGGCUGGAGAGGAUCACCUGGCAGUCUCCAUGCGAGAUCCUGCAGAAGAUCAGCCAGUAUGAGGCGGUGCAUCCUGUGAGGAACUGGACUGACCUGAAACGCCGGGUGGGUCCAUAUCGGCGUUGUUAUGCCUUCACCCACGCUGCCAUGCCAGGGGAACCCUUGGUGGUGCUCCAUGUGGCGCUGACGGAGGAAAUCUCCAAUAAUAUUCAGAGUAUUGUCCGUGAGUUUGCUACCCUGGACUCAGAAGAGGAUGUCAACAAGAUAAAUUCUGCCAUCUUUUAUUCCAUCUCCUCAACCCAGGCGGGUCUGCAAGGAGUGGAGCUUGGCAACUACCUCAUCAAGAAGGUGGUGCGCGAACUGCAGAGCGAGUUCCCUCACAUGGCUCAGUUCUCCAGUCUGUCUCCCAUCCCGGGCUUCUCUGUUUGGCUUCAGGGCCUCUUGAAUCAGUACAGGAAGGACAACAGGGGCACGGACCUGCUGUCCGAGCACGAGUGGAAGGAGGUGGAGCAGGCCACGGACUCGAGUCCGGGGAGCCAGGCCACCGAGGCGCUCCGUAAACUCAUCAGCAGCGGAGAGUGGAUGCGCUCAGAGAGGCUAAGCGGUGUGCUGGAGCCCGUCCUGAUGCGUCUUUGCGCCUGGUACCUGUACGGGGAAAAGAGGCGGGGCUACGCUCUCAACCCGGUGGCCAACUUCCACCUGCAGAACGGGGCCACCAUGUGGCGGCUUAACUGGCGCGCUGACACCAGCCCCAGAGGCGUGGCCAACUCUUGUGGGAUCAUGGUGAACUAUCGUUAUUUCCUGAACGAGACAUCCAAGAACAGCGCCCUCUACCUUCAAAACAAAGUGGUCACGGCUUCAGAACAGGUGCUGGGACUGGUCUCCCAGUUUCAGAAGAACAGCAAACUGUGACAAAAACAAGAGCCGUUUUUGGGUUGCAGCAUAGAUUGCACAUGUUGUAAAUACCUGAUUGAUGUUUAAUAUGUCGUUGAUUUUUGCCCUCAUAUCAGAAGGAGCUUCUGCAUCCAAAGAAGAACUACAGAAUUUAACCUAAAGUGUUAUUUUGAAACCAAAUGAAAGCAAUUCCCUCAUGAUGUAACUCAUCCCAUCUGCUUUUUGCUUCAUUAGUUUUUAGCCGGAGUUGUAUAUUAUCAAGUGAGAGCUUCGCAGGACAGACUUCCGCUAAUGAAGCUCAAGGCAUCUGUCAAUGCCAGAGCACGCUCACGGGUAACAGUGUGUGUGAUGUUGAAGCCGGAGUGAAGGCACCUCCUGGAAUAAAUGAUAUUGAGAUUCUUUCA